GACGUUGAACGCUGAAUCUCGACGAGCGGGGUAAGUGCGGCGCCUUGACGAGCGUUAGCAGCGUAACCCGGCGAUCAGCGUGCGAUUCAUCAAGAUUUCGGGGCACAGCCUCUGCUAGUCACAUAUACAUGGCCUUGGUGCGUUCCUGCAUACAUAGCUACUCCGGGAUAGCAUUGUGCGCGAUCACCACCCUAGCGAUGGUACCUUCCAAGUUUCGUAUGCUGCGCAAUCCUAGCUCAUGCAUUCGGGUAGCGUUUGUCUCCUCCCUUAGGCGACAUGCCAUGCACACAAGUCGCACAACGGGGUCCAGAUAGGCUGACUUACGACGACGGAUCGGGUGCCGACAAACGGAGCGCUAACGACUCGAGCAGACUUGUCUCUGUGCAGAGCGGCAGCUUGCUAUUGACCGCCGAUGCUGCUCGCUUUCCGCUCGAGGUCUUCGAGGACAUCAUCGACGCAAUGAACACCCGCACGUUACUUGCAGCGGCGCAGGUCUGCGCAGCAUGGUACCCUCGAGCCAUGCGCAACCUCUACUACGCCAUCGAGAUAAGCGGACGCAGAAGCUUCGACAUCCUGUUCAAGCAGCGUCGCACGUCUCCUUAUGUCAAGCAGUGGCUCGCAACUACGCGCGAGCUGCGAGUCAGAGACGGUAGCACCAUCGCUGUUCAAGUUGGUGGCAGAAAUCCUCGCUUUCUUCACGCACUCCCCCCAGCCCUUGGCCACGCACUGUUCAGAGUGCAGCGUCUUGCGAUCAGUGGGCUGCGUGGUGACGAGCACCCGACAUUUUUUCUUGGCCUGUCGCAGUUCUCGUCCGUCGUGUCACUGGAACUGUCCCUGUGUUCGCUGAACCACAUCUCACAGCUUCGGCGGAUCAUAUAUACCUUCCCCCUGCUUACAACACUCACACUAGAAGAUAUCCAAAUCGCUCCGCACGAUACUGUCAGUUCUGUGGGGGCAUCCUUUCGGUCACCAUCUGAUGUGCAUCUGCGCCAUCUACAUAUCACUGCGCACCGGAAGCCCGAAUUUAUCGACUGGAUAGCGCAGUCAGACCUCUGCGCCUCCAUCGAGGAUCUGACAAUCUGGCUACUGGUACAAGACGAAUCCGCGCGGCAAAGCGUCGGCGCACUACUCAAAAGCGCGGGGUCUUCCUUGACUCAAUUACAAUCUCAUAUUGUCCACGGCGACCUAGUGCACAACACCGCCUUGCGAUCCUUGGAUCUCUAUCUCAAUAGCGUCCCUCUCACGGCAAAAAACCAGGGGCUUAACACGGACAAACUAGCGCGCCAGUUACACGGCGUCCUCUCCACCGUCCGAAGCCACGAGCUCGAGCACAUCGCCAUCGCGACAAGCAUCCACUGCAACAAGAAGGACACCAUCCUCGCCGCUAUCCUCGAGCACCUCGCAUCCGCCCUCGAGCACCUCGAUCUGCGGGCCCUGCACGCGGCCAUGAGCCAGCCGUGCUUCGACGCGCUGAAGGCUGUCGACGUGAAGAUGGACAUGCGGGGUCUGCGGAUGGACAAGGGGGGCCUGCAGCGCCGCAGCAAGGCUGAGGUCGAGGAAUUCAGUCGGACGUUCGAGGCCAUGUUCCGGGGUUUUCUCCGGCCGUGGUCUGACCGCGGUAUAGUCAAGCGCUUCACCUGGGUACGAAUGCCGUAGACCCGUCUGCGCCCCAUGGCUUUCGAGACAAGCUCGUUUGCUCCGACCGGCGGUGACUCGUAGUCGGGACGCUGUCUGGGGUUUGGGAACUGAACCUGUUGGUUACAAAGCGCCAAGUCA